AUAAAUAAUUAUAUUAUAUAGAAAAGAAAAAGCGAAAGGAGGAAGGGCAAGAGAAAAAGGGUGUGGGUUGUUUGGUUUGGUUCAUACUUGUUUGUGUGGGUAUCAUCAGGCUACUGGGGAUCGGAUCCAGCUACAGUUACAGAUCAAAGAAGAAAGAUGUGGGGUGUAAUAAAGCACAAGACUCAGAGCAUUCGCCCUGCCUUCUCCGCUAUCAGGCAUUUUUCUUCUGCCGCCAAAGAGAUCACUGUUCGAGAGGCUCUCAACACCGCACUCGAUGAGGAAAUGUCAGCUGAUCCUAAAGUCUUCUUGAUGGGUGAAGAGGUUGGGGAAUAUCAGGGUGCAUACAAGAUAUCCAAGGGGCUGCUCGAGAAGUAUGGCCCUGAGAGGGUUCUCGAUACCCCAAUCACUGAGGCUGGGUUUGCUGGUAUUGGAGUUGGUGCUGCUUACUAUGGUCUAAGGCCUGUUGUGGAGUUUAUGACUUUUAACUUCUCCAUGCAGGCAAUAGACCAUAUUAUUAAUUCUGCUGCAAAAUCCAAUUACAUGUCUGCUGGGCAAAUAUCUGUACCUAUUGUUUUUAGAGGACCCAAUGGUGCUGCUGCUGGGGUUGGUGCCCAGCAUUCUCAAUGUUAUGCAUCUUGGUAUGCUACAUGCCCUGGGUUGAAAGUCCUAACACCGUAUUCAUCAGAAGAUGCACGUGGUUUGCUUAAAGCUGCUAUAAGGGACCCAGAUCCUGUUGUUUUUCUUGAAAAUGAGUUGCUGUAUGGUGAGUCAUUCCCUGUUUCAGCUGAAGCUCUUGAUUCCAGUUUUUGCCUUCCCAUAGGAAAAGCAAAGAUUGAGAGGGAAGGAAAAGAUGUAACUAUUACAGCUUAUUCAAAAAUGGUUGGCUAUGCUCUCAAGGCUGCUGAGGCACUGGCUAAAGAAGGAAUCAGUGCUGAGGUUAUUAAUUUGCGUUCAAUCCGACCGCUGGAUCGGGCCACGAUCAAUACUUCUGUCAGGAAAACCAACAGGCUGGUGACAGUUGAAGAAGGGUUUCCUCAGCAUGGUGUUGGGGCUGAAAUCUGCACAUCUGUCAUUGAGGAGAGUUUUGGUUAUCUUGACGCACCGGUUGAGAGAAUUGCCGGGGCUGAUGUCCCUAUGCCAUACGCAGCUAACCUGGAGAGAAUGGCUGUCCCACAGAUUGAAGAUAUUGUUCGAGCUGCGAAGAGAGCAUGCCACAGAUCGGUGCCUUUGGCUGCAGCUGCUUGAAAGUUCUGAAAAAAUUUCACGUCCUGAUUAGUUCUUUGGUAAUCCUUGAUGUACCAAAAACAAUUUUUCCCCAAAUUUCCACCAUAAAACAGCAGGAAGAAAUUACAACCAAAGAAUGCUGGUUUUAACUCGUGGGUUAUGCUAGGCUUUGGUUCAAAAAUUCUGUUGUAUAUUCCUAAUUUUCAGGACUCACAGAUGCCAUACAUUUUUUCCCCAUUCUCAGCCAGCAUAUAUAUAUAUGGGAGGAAGUUAAGUUUAAUAACUUGGAAAACAAUAACACAGGGCGGGAAGUCUUCUGUGUUUUGGUUUCUGAUUGGCAAUAACUAAGUAGUCAAUUUUUUGAAUACAUUGUCGAGUUUCUUUCCAGUGGACCAGUUCUAUGCAAGAUCUAGCUUACUUUUUUUAUUCAA